AUGUCUAUUAACAUGAUCAAAUUCCUCCUACUUUCACCCUCUUUCUUCAUCUUUUACCCUUCAGUAGUCAUAUCCCAGACCACACCUUCAUCUGAUGGCAGCCAUGGGAGGUGGGAUCUUUUGUCUGAAAGUGUAGGCAUCUCAGCUAUGCACAUGCAACUUAUGCAUGACAACAAAGUUGUAAUUUAUGAUCGCACAGAUUUUGGCCCCUCCAACACCUCCCUCCCCGGUGGCCUCUGCCGUGCUGACCCCUACGACGACGCCCUUAAAAUAGAUUGCACUGCACACUCCAUCCUUUACGAUACUAUCACUGACACCUACCGUCCCCUAAUGAUCCAAACAGACACUUGGUGCUCUUCUGGGGCAGUUCUACCCAAUGGAACCCAAGUCCAAACUGGGGGUUUCCAUGAUGGUGACAAUGUAACACGCAUGUUUACUCCAUGUACAAAUGACUCGUGUGAUUGGGUUGAGUUCCCGAAGUAUUUAUCAAGAAGAAGAUGGUAUGCAACUAAUCAAAUCUUGCCUGAUGGUCGAAUUAUCAUUAUUGGCGGUCGUAGGGAAUUUAACUACGAGUUCUUUCCUCGCUCUUCUCCUCGUCGAACUUUUCAGCUCAGUUUUCUAAGGGAAACUAGGGAGGGUGAUGUUGAGAACAAUCUCUAUCCGUUCGUCCACCUCUUACCAGAUGGGAACUUGUUCAUCUUUGCUAAUACAAGAUCAAUAUUGUUUGAUUACAAUCAGAACCGUGUGGUUCGAGAGUUUCCCAGCAUCCCAGGAGGCGACCCUCGAAAUUAUCCUAGUACUGGAUCAUCAGUUCUCUUGCCUUUAGAUGAGAAUGAAUACAGAAUUGACCCUGAAGUUUUGGUUUGUGGAGGUGCACCAAGUGGUGCAUUCCAGCUAGCGGCACGUGGAACCUUUGUUCGUGCGACUCCCACAUGUGGACGACUCAGGGUCACAGAUCAAAACGCGAGCUGGGUCAAGGAAACCAUGCCGAUUCCACGAGCAAUGGGCGAUAUGCUACUUCUUCCGACUGGCGAUGUUAUUGUAAUCAACGGUGUUCAAUUAGGCACUGCUGGAUGGGAACUUGGACGCCUGCCAGCAACAAGACCAGUCAUCUACCAUCCAUCCCAUCCGUCUGACCAGCGGUUCUCAGUCAUGGCACCAUCACCACGUCCAAGAAUGUAUCAUUCAGCUGCAAUUCUCCUCGCUGAUGGCCGUGUUCUUGUUGGUGGCGGCAACCCUCAUGUUUACUAUAACUUCACCAACGUAGUGUACCCAACAGACUUAAGCCUGGAGACCAUUUCACCACCCUAUUUAUCAACUGAUUACGCAUCAGUAAGACCUGUGAUCUUGUCCGUAGAUGAGACUAUAAGUCGUGGGCAGAGAUUUUUGGUGAGUUUCUUUGUGGAAGAGUAUUUAACACAAAGCGUAUUAUCAGUAAGAAUAGUUGCGCCAUCUUUUACUACACACUCAUUUUCCAUGAAUCAAAGGAUGGUGGUGCUGAAGAUUGAUGACAUUAUAUAUGAUGAUACAUCAUCAUAUACUUCGAGUGUUUUUGGGCCAUCGUCAGCUGAGAUUGCUCCACCAGGGUACUAUAUGCUGUUUGUUGUGCAUUCUGGUAUACCUAGUUCUGGUGUGUGGGUGAGGAUACAGUGA